AAAAAGCAAAAUGAAACUGCACGUCAAAAACCAAAUUCCCACUUGUUGUACAGAACACUGUGCAGCUGUGCAGAGGCCGGAGGCCGGCCUGUAUCCUGACAGGCUGCUGCGGGCCUGUGAGGUGGGAAGCGAGUGCUCCUCCCAGGGGAUCCCAAAAGCAGGGGCUGGAGAUGUGUCCAGGUUCACGGGCCCAGCACUUCAGCAUCUCGUCUUCGGCCUGGAUCUAAAGGGCUUCACAAAGGGGGGCUGGCGGAGCAACCUGGGCACCUCCUGCUGCUUCUCUGGCGAGCGAGUGAGCUGGUAGGAGUGACGCUGGUGCGGGGCAGUGCCCAGCCCCCAGGAGAAGGCCCCACCAGGCUGCGGCGCCGUGGAGCCCAGCUGUAGGGAAGCCUGAGGCUGGACUGCAGAGGUGUUGUGUGUGUUGGGGGAGCCGCCCUGCCAGUGGCCAGCGAUGGAGGCCAAUGGCAGCCUGGCCGGCGAGCUGGGCUCAUGCUUCCGCAGCACCAACUUCAGCACCAGCCUCAGCACCAACCUCAGCGAGAAGCUGAUUGUCUCGCGCUGGUUCUCCACCGCCUUCGGCGGCAUUGGCCUUGCCUCCAACCUGUUUGCCCUCUGCGUGCUGGUCAGCUCCUCCCGGAAGAUGCACAGCCGCGCCCGCUCUUCCUUCCUCAUCUUCCUCUCCGGCCUGGUGGUGACAGACUUCCUGGGCCUGCUGGUGACCGGGACCAUCAUCAUCUCCUACCACUUCACCAAGUUCAGCUGGAUGGUGGUCGACCCCGCCUGCUACCUCUGCAACUUCCUGGGCCUCUCCAUGGUCUUCUUCGGCCAGUGCCCGCUGCUGCUGGGCGCCACCAUGGCCGGGGAGCGCUUCUUCGGCAUCAACCGCCCCUUCUCCCGCUCCACCAGCAUGUCCAAGCGCCGAGCCUGGUUUAUGGUAGGCAUGGUCUGGGCCUUCUCCUUCUCCCUGGGACUUCUGCCCAUCCUGGGCCUGGGGGACUACACCCUGCAGUUCCCCAACUCCUGGUGCUUCAUCACUCUGCUGCAUGACGCCAAGAACGUCACCUUCUGCCUGAUCUUCGCCCUGCUGGGCAUCCUGGCCGUCGGCCUCUCCUUCCUCUUCAACACAGUCAGUGUGGUGACACUGUGCCGGGUCUACCACGACCGCGAGUCGGUGCAGAGGCGGCGGGACAGCGAGGUGGAGAUGAUGGUGCAGCUGGUGGGCAUUAUGAUCAUUGCCACCGUCUGCUGGUUACCCCUGCUGGUAGUAUAG